AUUAAAAAAAAGAAAAAAAACAAUACUGAGCAGAGAAACUGAGGACAGACCCCCUUAUUUUCAACGAGCUACGUGUUCGUUUUGCAAGCAACGAAUUGGCUUUAACAUCUGUCGAUAUCUUCUAGAAGAAUUGGGCACAUAAAUGCUAAAACUUCAAACGGAGCAUUUGAGAACAAGAAGAAAUGGCGAACUCAAUUGCAGAGCUCAUCUUCAUCCCUGCACCAGGGGUCGGUCAUAUCAUGUCCACAAUUGAGAUCGCAAAACUGCUCGUGACUCGCGACCAACAAAUCUCCAUUACCGUCCUUGUCAUUAUCCCGCCCCCUACCUUCGGCUCCGGCUCCGGCUCCCCCAUCACCACAUACACCCAAUCAUUAGCUAAGAACACCAUGGAUCGCAUCUCCUUCAUUGAACUCCCACAAGACAAAACCCCACCAGUCUCAAAGGCUCCCAUAGCUGCCUUCGCUGAUUAUAUCAACAGUCACUGCAAAUACGUAAGGAAAAUUGUUGCCGAUAAGAUGAGUCAACCGGAUCCGGGUUCGGGUCGGGUUGCCGGGUUGGUCGUCGACAUGUUCUGCACUGGGAUGAUAGAUGUGGCAAACGAGUUUAAUGUUCCGACAUAUGUGUUCUUCACUUCUAAUGCUGCUUUUCUUGGAUUUAAGUUGUACAUCCAGACACUCUCUGAUGAUAAGAACCAAGACGUUCUCGAGUUAAGUAACUCGGAUUCCAUGAUUCCGGUUCCGAGUUUUAUCAAACCAGUGCCCACAAAGCUUUUUCCAGGCAUAUGCCAGACUCGAGAAGGGCUGGAGUUUCUUUUAGGGUCUGCCCGGAAACAGAGAGAGGCGAAAGCAAUCAUCGUGAAUACAUUCUUGGAAUUGGAAAAACACGCUAUCGAUUCAUUAUCGGAAGACAGCACCAUUCCAAUGGUAUAUCCGGUGGGCCCUAUACUGAACCUAGAAGCCGGUGCCGGAAAAAAGUUGGGUAAUGAUGACAUCAUCACCUGGUUGGACACUCAACCGCCUUCCUCGGUGGUGUUCUUGUGUUUUGGGAGCAUGGGGAGCUUUGACGAGGUUCAAGUAAAGGAGAUAGCAAACGGUUUAGAGCGGAGUGGCCACCGUUUCCUGUGGUCGCUGCGUCGACCUCCGUCAGAUCAAACAACAAGAUCGCCGAGUGAUUACGAGGACCCAGGAACAGUAUUGCCGGAAGGAUUCCAAGAACGGACUGCCGGAAUCGGAAAAGUAACGGGGUGGGUCCCGCAGGUGGCUGUGUUGUCUCAUGGUGCAGUCGGAGGAUUUGUGUCUCACUGCGGGUGGAACUCGUUGUUGGAGAGCUUGUGGUUUGGUGUACCAUCGGCGGCAUGGCCAAUCUACGCGGAGCAGCAGAUUAAUGCGUUCGAAAUGGUGGUGGAGCUUGGGUUAGGGGUGGAGAUUAAGUUGGAUUAUAAAAAUGAGUUUUCUAAUCCGGAGACUGAUAAAGUCGUAGUCACUGCAGACGAGAUUGAAAGUGGGAUAAGACGAUUGAUGGAGGAUAAAAAGGUUAGAAAAGAGGUGAAAGAAAUGAGGGAGAAGAGCAGAGUGGCUAUGGCGGAGGGAGGUUCGUCGUAUGCUUCUGUAGGGCGUCUUAUUGUGGACUUUAAACGAAACGUCUUAGGACAUACGGAGUUGUGAAAGAUGGUGUGGGAUGCCUUGUGGUACCACAAGAAUCUGUGGGCUCAGGGCUGUGUGUACUUUCAAAGCUGCUUACGCAUCCUACCUUUAAAGCUUAUGAUUUGGUUAGUUGUAACUUGCAUAUUUGUAUGUGAAUAGAGUGCAUGGGAGAUUAGAGUUGGAAUUGAAAGGAGAAAAAAGUUUGUGAUGCGACGCUAUAUGCCAUAUGGGUUGAAAAUUUGAAAUGAUGGGAGGAAUGAACUCUCUCGACUCUUCUAAGAUCCUAAGUUCUUUUUAAAGUGUUAGGUGUAAGAACUGAACCACAUACCACAUAUGUAAUCAUCUAACAUCAAAGAGAGAAAAUAAAAUUUAAUAUAUAUCCUUUUCUCA